UCUCCUCAUAUAGCAGACCCUUCUCCCUUGGUGACCCAUGCAUUUAGCAAUCGAGAGGAAGUGAAAUUGCAAACUCGAGCUGUCUUUAUUUCCUACACUGAAGAAAUGAAGUCAUUCAAGUUCAAACUAGUAGACAUCUUUCUAUUUCUGUGUUUGUAUUAUGCAUACAUCUUAGCAGAAGAGAAGAUCCAACAAGACAAAAGGACUUACAUAGUCCACAUGGACAAGUCUAACAUGCCAGAAAGUUUCACUCAUCACUCCCUCUGGUAUGACUCAUCUUUAAAAUCUGUCUCUGACUCAGCAUCCGUGCUUUACCGAUAUGAAAACGUAGUCCAUGGCUACUCGACUAUGCUAACAGCCAAGGAAGCUGAAUCACUAGGAGACCAACCUGGAAUUCUCUCUGUCUUACCUGAGGUGAUAUAUGAACUACACACAACUCGAACGCCGGAGUUCCUUGGGUUAGGAAAGAGCACGGCUCUCUUCCCCACCUCUGGUUCAACAGGUGAAGUGAUUGUUGGCAUAUUGGACACCGGAGUGUGGCCUGAACAUAAAAGUUUUGAUGAUUCCCAGCUUGGGCCAGUGCCAUCUCGCUGGAAAGGCAAGUGCGAGGUGGCGAAAAACUUCAGUGCAUCAAGCUGCAACAAGAAACUAAUUGGUGCCAGGUUUUUUUCGAAAGGAUAUGAAGCUGCGUUCGGACCUAUUGAUGAAUCAAUGGAGUCGAAGUCCCCGAGAGAUGAUGAUGGACAUGGAACUCACACGGCAACUACAGCUGCCGGGUCAGCUGUGCCCUUUGCUAACUUGCUAGGAUAUGCUUCCGGGACAGCACAUGGGAUGGCUUCAAAAGCCCGAGUAGCCAUCUAUAAGGUGUGUUGGCUUGGUGGGUGUUUUGGCUCUGAUAUUGUAGCAGCCAUGGACGCAGCUGUUGCAGAUAGAGUGGAUGUUUUGUCGAUGUCUAUUGGGGGAGGAUUAUCAGAGUACUAUGGUGACACUGUUGCCAUUGGAGCAUUCACAGCAGCCGCAAAUGGAAUUUUUGUAUCUUGUUCAGCGGGAAACAGUGGACCUACACCAAGCAGCUUGUCGAAUGUUGCACCAUGGAUAACGACUGUUGGUGCUGGAACAUUGGAUCGUGAUUUCCCCGCCUCUAUUACUCUGGGAAACAAUGAAAAAUACUUUGGCGUGACACUAUAUAACGGAAAGCAGUUGUCUGAUUCCAUGGUGCCACUAGUUUACGGGGGUAACACCAGUAAUUCAAGUGGUGGGAAUCUUUGCAUGACUGGGAGUCUGGUUCCAAAAAAAGUUUCUGGGAAAAUUGUGGUAUGUGAUCGAGGGGGUAAUGCGAGGGUGCAAAAGGGUGUUGCUGUGAAGGCUGCUGGUGGUGUAGGGAUGAUUUUGACAAACACUGACCCUUAUGGGGAAGAGCUAGUCGCCGACGCACAUCUCUUACCUUCAGCAGCUGUUGGACAGAAAACUGGGGAUGCAAUCAAGAAUUAUAUAGCUUCUACUCGAAACCCAACCGCCAUUAUUGGUCCUGGAACCACAAAGUUAGGCGUUCAACCAUCUCCCGUGGUAGCAGCUUUCAGUUCUAGAGGUCCAAACCCAGUCACUCCAGCAAUACUAAAACCAGACAUUAUUGCACCAGGAGUCAAUAUUCUUGCUGGAUGGACUGGCGCAGUUGGUCCGACAGGGUUAGACAGUGACCCAAGGCAUGUAAACUUCAACAUCAUUUCAGGCACAUCAAUGUCAUGUCCCCAUGUUAGUGGGUUAGCUGCACUUCUCAAGGCUGCUCAUCCAGAAUGGAGUCCAGCGGCCAUCAAAUCAGCCCUCAUGACCACAGCUUACACAGCUUAUAAGAGUGGUCAAAAGGUCGAAGAUGUUGCCACAGGAGGACCAGCAACACCAUUUGAUUAUGGUGCCGGGCAUGUGGAUCCAGUUGCAGCCCUUGAUCCUGGUCUCGUCUAUGAUGCCACUAUCGAUGACUAUCUAGGUUUUCUUUGUGCCUUGAACUACACACCAAAUCAAAUUAAGAGCACUGCCCACAGAGACUUCACUUGUCAGAAAAGUAAAAAGUAUACCCUUGGAGAUUUUAACUAUCCAUCCUUCUCUGUUCCUCUGGACACUGCAUCGGGAAGAAGGGGUGUGGCCAGCGUCUCAAGCACCAUCAAAUAUACUAGGAGCCUUACUAAUGUUGGUGCCCCAGAAACAUACAAGGUUUCUGUGUAUUCACAUUCUCAAGCAGUGAAAAUGUCGGUUGAGCCAGCAACACUUACUUUCGGUGCACAAUACGAGAAAAAGAGCUACACCGUGACAUUCAAAGCGAGUUCCAUGCCAUCCGGUACAACCAGCUUCGCCCAUCUCGAAUGGUCAGAUGGAAAACACAUUGUUCGCAGUCCAAUAGCUUUCAGUUGGACAUAAUCAUGACACUAACUGGACUCAUGCUACAAAUACUGAGACUUCCAAGUGCCCUCUGACAGUAUAUGGGUCCGUCUCAAACUAUAUUAUCUUACGGAAACGUUCAAAGCAGAUGCAAAUAUAAAUGCUCUCUAAGAAAAUUGGGGAAGAGUAAAUUGUGUUCUUAAAAAGUGGUCAGGGAAAGUGGCGGAAUAAUUGUACGCUGAUCUGCCUAAAUAAGGAACAUGUAUUUUCAUUUAAACUGGAUUCCUAGUUUAAGUAUGGUUUACUGAUCUUAC